AUGAACCCCUACAACCAGUGGCAGCAGCAGGGCAGUGGCACGCCCUCCAUCUUCGGUGCCCUCCCCUCCCCCACCUCGUCCAGCGCUAGCACGCCUCACGACGCCGCGACCUUCACGCUCACCAACUUCAAGACCACGGUCCUGAACUCGACCGUGUACGAUCCCAGCCGGCGCGAGGCUUACCGCGUCGUCACCGAAGCGAGCUCCCCCGCGUGCACCGUCGUCCAGAACAGCCAGGGCCGAAACAUCGCGAUGAUCAAAUGGC